AUGCCGGUCUGUUCGAAUAGUGCGUGCCAGAUAGCUUGGCGCGAUGUGCGGGCGGUGCAGUUCUUUCUGUUUCCUUCGGAAUCUUCGGCGGCCGAGUGGCAGUUAACUAAGACGUUGAACGACUUUGAAAAACGGUUCAUUGCCGGUCGUGGGAUAACGUAUGCCCGGAUCAGGGACGAGACCGUGCGCGUGCGCGUGGAGACGAGUGAGCAGAUCGAUCGGUCGGAGGUGCUGGCUGGGAUUGAGGAGGCUUUUGGACAAACAAUCAAGAUAAAAAUGCCGGUUUAUUUGUUAUCUGAUCGUGAAAAGUUGUUUUUGGAAAUAGAUAAGAUUUCGGUUUGGAAUGGUGUGAGGAUUGAAGAUCGGGUGGAGGAAGAUGAAACUGUACUGGUUUCUGGGACGUAUGCACAGGUGUACCGGGCCCGUACUGAUCUGUACAAGAUGGUUGAGAACUUUCAAGGCCGGGAGGCUCUGGUGGUUAAUGCGUACGUGAAUGGCCGUAAGAUAGUGGAGGCCGGGGGUCGGGUUUAUUUUGAAACGAAGAUUCGUGGGGCGCGGGCUUUGGUUUCAGGCGUGAGUAUUGAUGAGAUGGUUUCGGCUAAGGAUGAAGUUGCUGCGCGGCACUCGACUAAAGUGCUGAUUAAUGCCAUCAAGUUCUCCUACUCCAUGGUUUACUUCCGGGCCGAUUUGGAGGAUAUUCUGGUGCGGCAUGACGUGUACAUUGCUGAGAUAAACACGAGUGAUGACUGGGCCGAGAUGGAGUUGGUGGGGCUGGUCCUGGACGGUUUGGCCGAAGCCGCGGCGGAGAUUGAAAUGUUGUAUACCUCGAUUAUAACCGUCUGUAUUGAGAAGACUGAUCCGCAUAGUGGGGCCCGGGUGUUUAUGCUGCAGAUGGAUAAGCAGGAGGUUCUGAUUGGUAAGCGGGCGGAAAUCAAGAAGAUGUUGCGAGAGGUAGAUAUCCCGUGUGAGCUGCACAUUGAUAUUUCGGCGUACAUUGAAGAGUUUAUCUGUGGCAAGAAGAACGGGAAGAUCAAUAAGGUGGCCCGGGAGAGUCAAACUACCGUUGGGAUUCAUAAGGAGUCUGCGCCAAGUCUGUUUAUUCAGGGCGGGUCGCGUAAUGUGGAGUUUGCGCUGGCUCUGGUUGAGGACGAGUUGCCGGCUGAGUACUCGUUUUACUUGCACGAGAAGCACCAUAAGCGUAUUAUUGGGUACGGUGGGAAGACUAUUCAGCGGCUGAUGAAGAAGCAUGGUGUUUAUAUCAAGUUUGAUAGCAGUGCUAACCACCAGCACAAUGUGGUGAUUCGGACGCCUAAGAAGAACCAGGAGAGUCUUUUGAAAAUGCACAAGGACGUAGUGGAGUUAGCUGGUGAGCCGACGGAUCAUUUGCAAGGUAUGUGGAAAGUACUGUCCUAUUGGGACUUUUAUGCGGCUUCGUUUUCGCGCUUUGUCCUGGAAAGUACUGGUGUUAAGGUCUUCACUAACAAUCCGUUGGAGAUAAGGUACUUUUUGGUGCCAAAUUCAAAAGAGAUGGCUAAGUAUAAAGUUGUCUGUUCGAUUGAGAACAGUUUAGUGGUGGCUUCUUUUGAACCUAUCUUUGAUGGACAGUUGAUCACGGGCGGGUUAUGGAAGAAAGAGAAUGCUUUGUCAACGCACUUCUCUAAGGAGUAUGGCGAGCCUUUGUUCAGUAAGGAAUUGCUUUGGAGUAAGAAGUGGCGGAAGACCUUUGCUGAUAUGUGGCAGGGAUCUUCUUGGCCGAAGAAUGGCUUCUCCAAGAUGUGA